AUGCCGGCGUUUGCGCCUUUGCCAUCUUCUAGAGUACAGGAGUCACUUCUUUCUUCGAAAAUUGGACUUGAUUAUUUCGGACCACUCCAAAUAAAAACAAAGGAUGGACCAAGGAAGACAUGGGUGUGCCUAGUCACUUGCCUGAAUCAAAUGGAAAUUCAUUGUAGAUUGGCUCCUUGGAUGGGAGGAGCAUAUGAAAGAUUGGUAGAAGUUGUAAAAAGAUCGCUUCGUAAAUCUUUAGGUCAUAAACUGCUCACUUUAAUUCAGUUACAAACACUGUUGAAGGAAGUUGAAGCAACAGCAAAUUCAAGACCAUUGGUGUAUGUCAACGAUGCCAUUAACUUAAACAUUACACUUACACCAAAUCAUUUUCUGAGUUUGAACCCGAAAAUUGGUAUUCCAGAAACAACCAAAGAAGACACUGAUUCUGACUAUUCACCGUAUAAAAACACAAGUGUUAAACUUCUGACAAUAUGGAAAAAAGGGGCAACGUGUCUUAAACGAAUUCUGGAGGAUCUGGAGAGAAGAGUAUCUGACAAACCUUCGUGA